UGAUUCUUUAUUUUUAUAGAAACAUAGAGCCGUGUAGGCGUGGGUGGCGUACAGGUACAUCUAUGCAAUGUGUACGUAGCCUUGUUUUACGCGACUUUGGCGUCACGGCGUCACGGCAUCACGGCGUCGCGGCGCUUGCGUGCGCCUCCGGUCGCUGAGUGCGGCGUAGCGAACGACCGAGAGCGUCGUCUCCCCGAGCUCGAGCUCGGGCGUUGUGAGCUCGGUAGUAUACCUAAAGUCGGCACCCCGCUCGAACACGCCAUCGCACGACACUUCACGUAUAGGGCCUGAUAACCACCGACUGCCGCAAAAUAAUCAGUCAGACGGUCGCCGCACUCAGGUUUAACGAUUAUCAAAAAGGAACGAAGCAAAUUUAACUAAAAUAAAUCUUACGAAAAUUUUUUUUAAAAAGACGUACAAAACCGAAGAAAGAUAGAAAGAAAGAAAAUUGACUAAACGAAUAGAAGGAACCGAACAAAAACAACAGACGCAAAAAGAAAGAGGAAAAAAAAAUGCGGUCUAGUCUGAAGUCAAAGAUCACGGGAACACGGUUUUUCGUUAAGUUAACGGCUAUCGGCGACGAGGAGACUCGCUGAGAUUUUAUAUACAGCAACAAAUAAAUAAGAAGAACAAUAAUAUUAUAUACACAUAUUAUACGUACAUAAAGUAAAAAAAAAAAACAAAAAAAAACGGAUAAACGGAACGAAUUUUUAUUCUUGUUACUUGUAUUAUCUGUAUAAUCAAAAGAUAAUCGUCGUUGUCGUUGUUGCUGCGCCUCGCCUCGCCUCGCCUCGCAACGUAACGUAACGUAAAAUCUACGUAACGUAACGUUAUAACGACGUGUUAUUUUAUCUGUAUCUCUUAUCUAAUAAUUUUCAUGAAAAUUUCUACGUUCCGCUUUACCCGCGCUGCGCAGCGUUCGCGUACAACGUGUACCGUGUAACACGUUAAAGAAAAUAGUAAAGAAAAAAAAAAGAAAAAAAGAAAACGAUAAAUAAAUAUCCAAUCGGAAGUUCGCGAACGGUUGCAGAUGGUAUCGCGACGACGAUGAUGACGCCUGCAACGCGACCAUAUAACUCAUGAGUGUUCUUCAAAAACCGUUACAUACGUAUAUCUCCAACACACAUACAGGAGGAACGCAUGACGAGUCAAGUGUCGUGUAAACGUACGUGUAACCGCAUGGAGAUGGAAUAAGAAAAAAAAUUGUUCUCUCUCGAAUGUAAAAUCGAACGAAUGUCGAUAGUGGAUUCGAAUAAUCAUCCCCCGCGUGCGGUACACACGCACAGAAUUUGUUGACCCGGUGCGCGUUUCGUCGACGUCGUUAUCCUCCCGCUGCUCUUGCUGGUGCUGCUGGUGCUGCUGGUGGUGGUGGUGGUGAUCAUACAUCCGAGUUUCGGAGUUGCGAACGUUUCUUCCUUCUUCGUCGAAGGACGAAUCGACGCGGCUCCCUACCGCGAGUGACGGUACCGCCGAGUCGCUGCCAAAUACCGGGAUAACUUGGUGCUGCGUGUACACCGAUACCGUACGCGAAUAAAACGUACGAGUGUUUUCAACCACGUCAAGCUACGACGCGUCCACCUUCUCCGGUACCUGGGCGAAUCUGGGGUACGUAGUGACCCGCUGAGAUUCCUGCAUAGGAUUUCGAAAAAUACACGAGAGCAUAUUCGGUCAACAGCUGGGGGCCGCUCAACUUCCGGAAUUCGACGAGGGACCGUAAUCGCGAUUCUCGCGUUUUCCGCGUCGCGUCAAAGACGGAAUAAAUAAGAAAAAGUGAAAAAGAGAAGAGGUGGAAGAGGAGUACACACGAUAAUUAUGCAGAGGCAUUAGGUGUCUCCCUUAUCGCGAUCAUCUCCGUGCACGAUACAUCUAUCAAGCGCGUCUCCUUGAGGUGGAGAUUUUGAAGAAGAUUCCGUGCUGCGGCAGCGCGCGGUCCAUUAUCUCCGAUAUUAAAUAUAUCGAAAAAUUAUGGGAUGAUUUGCGGGUGCCUUGGAGAAUUUUUAUCCGCAGAUCCUCGACCGCGUAUCAACGAUAUCAUUCGUCAAUAAUUUCCGCAUCCGCGAUCAAUAACAAAAUAUCCCCAACUGAGAGGAGAAGUAUGAUGACCAAAAAUGAGCGACGUUCGAUUUAGCAACGGAUAAUAUAACGAUAAAGGAUCGUCGUUGCUGCGGUGGUGAACGGUGAAAUAGAACCGAGUUCACCGGGAAGUUGGUAUAUUUGGCUCGAUAAAAUAACGCGUGCGGUUCACACAGGUAUAUAACUGCGAGAAGGAGCAAAGAUGCGUCGUUCUUCCUGUCGGUUCAACUUAUAGUCGAAGACGUACAAAAUUUUCAUUCAGACCAUUCGUUCAAAGUUCGAUCUUAUUAUAUACGCGAUAUAAUAUUUCAUAUUAACGAUAAUAGUAUUAAUAACAAAAAAUUUCAUUAACGUUAAUAAACAAUAGUCUUAAAAUUGAUAACGAUAUAUUGAUAAAAAUUAAUCAAUAAUAAUAAUAAUAUAAUUAUUAAUAAUAAUAAUAAUAAAUAAUCUAACGCUGAUACAUUAACGAUUUGAUAGGAGGUAUUGUAAAAGUUUAAUAUAUAUAUGACUGUAUAAAUAUUAGUGAAAAGAAAAAAUUUUUAACGCCGGUAUUUGAAAAAAAAAAAAAAAAUUAUAUAUGUAUAUAUGCAUAUAUAAGUAAAAAAAGAAACGUGUUAUUCGAUUUUAAACGCUCCUACCUUUUUCUAUGUAAACUUUAAGAAUGAACUUAUAUAAAUAUUGAACACAUAAAUAACGUUAUAUAGUCAGUUUUGAUCCGGUGCAAAGAAGAACCGAAAACGGAAGGAUUUUUGAAAAAUCCAAGCAUGAUAAUGCACACAGCUUGAAUAUUGGGAAUUGAAUCGUACAUGAAAUUUAUUUCCGAACCAAAUCGACGAACGUCAAGAAGAGAAAAAAAAAAGAUAAAAUAAAUAAAUAAAUUUACCAAGUUUAAUUAUAAAAGAAAAAAAAAAAAGAAAAGGGUACGGUACGAAUUUCACCGAGACGGUGUAGUUGAUCUGAAAAUUGAAUCGCAACAUAUAUGGGGGACUUUAAAUACGGCCCUGUUAUCUCUACGCUGGACUACUGCUCCAGUUUAUUUGCUAAUAACCCUGCGCCUACAUCGAGUAGUAGCAGUAAGCCGUCAACGGUCAUGCAGGACGACCUGCUGAUAGAAAAACAGACCGCAAAUAAACCGGCUCCGUUGUCACCUGGUGCGGGCGGUGGUGCAGUAUCGGAUUCUAAUAUCGGUGUGAGCGGACAGGACAACAAAGCCAAGGAUUUACAGGAUCAGGAAAGGGAGGUCGGCUCGAUUUCCUCCAUGGGAUCAAUCACCGGUAUGAGUUCGAUCGCAUCGAUGACCUCGAUGACCCCGAUGAGCGUUGUCUCGGGGUCGGACAAAGACGGGACCCAGCAAUCCGGGUUCCCGGAUCCCGUCAGGGUCCCCAGUUUGUGGGCCGACGAGGUGAGCCUCCACGCCUUACCGGUAAACGGAUCGCUCGCCGCCUUUCAAAAUUUUCCGACGGGAGGACCUGCCGGUUUAUUCGCGAACACCGGUAGCGGCGGUAGUGGUGCAGGUAACGCGGGAUCGAGAAGGGCGAUAACCGCAAGUCACAAUUUCCCGCAACACGUCGGCGGGGGCGGGGUAGGAGGCGCGGGUGGUAGUGGUGCAGGUAGUGGUAGUAGUGCCGGUGUUGGUGUUGGUGGUGGAACUAGCGGGAUCGGUGUUGUUUCGAGACACGGAGUUUUAUCGGUAUCAUCGCCGUCCCAACAACAACAACAACAACAACAACAAUCUCAACAACAGCAGCAACAACAACAGCAGCAACAACAGCAGCAGCAAUCCCAAACGCAACAGUCGGUUGUUCAGAAUCAGCAGCAACAGCAACAAAAUCAACAACAACAAUCCCAACCGCAGCAGCAGCAGCAGCAACAGCAACAUCAGCAGCAAUCGACCGUUUCGAACCACCCCGGGGUUUACGUGCAGGGGAAAGGGUACGCCGCGUGGUCGGGUGGUUCUCAGUCCGGCGUGGGUCCUCAGCAAUGGGGCGGAAGCGCCGGCGGAGGAGGCGGCGGUCCCCAAGGGAGCGGAAGUCCCGCCUUGCAAUCACCUUGGAGUCGCGGUAGAUCGGUGCCCAAUUUACCUCCUUUGCAUUCGUCGCUCCACGUGGCAGCGGCAGCGGCCGCUGCAGCGGCCAGCCUUCAAGGCAGGAAACCGAGUCCUACCUUCCCGGGUCAUCCGGGACACCCCGGUCAUCCGGGACAUCCGGGUCAUCCCGUACAUCCCGGACAUCCAGGACAUCCAGGACCCACCGGUAUCAGUCCGGUGAAAUUUCGGAGAAGUACCUCGUACCCGGGGAAGACGAGUCUGUAUCCUCAACCGGCCGCACCGACUUUCGAAGUCACCGGAGCCGACGAAAGGGACCUAUUACAACUACCACCUUAUCAGCAGGAGCGGAUGACGGCGAAUGGAAAUUCACCUUUGGACAGCAUGCGAACCUUGGAACAUUACCUCAGCGACAUUAUGCGGGGUGCAGCUGACACGCCCGAUCAUCUCAAGGGAUUCAUAAACUGCAACGCGAACACCCUACAGUCUCUUGCGCAGUUGCACGGCAAAUCGCCGUUUUUCCCGAGUCUCGAGGAACAGAGCGGUACCCUCCUGGAAGACCCGGCAUCCGCCGGUCAACUGGAUGGCGGGGUCGGAGUCAACGUUGGUGUCGGAGUGAGCGUCGGUGUUGGGGGUGGAAUGACGGCACCUCAGGUAGCACCGCUUUCAUCUCCUAGCCGUAGCAGUCCGCACAGCCAGGGUAGUGAAACUGGGGAACGAUUUUCCAGAAAGGUUUUCGUCGGCGGACUUCCUCCAGAUAUCGACGAAGACGAAAUCACAGCCAGCUUCCGUCGCUUCGGACCGCUCGUCGUUGAUUGGCCACACAAAGCGGAGAGCAAAUCUUACUUUCCGCCGAAAGGAUACGCCUUUCUGCUCUUCCAGGACGAGUCGUCGGUGCAGCAGCUAAUCGACGCUUGUAUUCAAGACGAUGACAAACUUUAUCUAUGCGUGAGUUCGCCAACGAUCAAAGACAAGCCAGUACAAAUUCGACCGUGGCGUUUGGGCGAUGCGGAUUUUGUUUUGGACGCGUCAAUGCCACUGGAUCCGAGAAAGACGGUAUUCGUCGGAGGCGUACCUCGACCGCUAAAAGCAGUCGAACUCGCGAUGAUCAUGGACCGACUUUACGGCGGGGUUUGCUAUGCUGGAAUCGACACCGAUCCGGAACUGAAGUACCCGAAGGGCGCCGGGAGGGUUGCCUUCAGUAAUCAACAGAGCUACAUAGCUGCCAUUUCGGCAAGAUUCGUUCAGCUGCAGCACGGCGAUAUCGACAAAAGGGUCGAGGUAAAGCCGUACGUUCUGGAUGAUCAGAUGUGCGACGAGUGCCAGGGUCAACGAUGCGGUGGAAAAUUUGCUCCCUUUUUCUGCGCCAACGUUACGUGUCUCCAGUAUUACUGCGAACAAUGUUGGGCAACGAUUCACUCUCGGCCAGGUCGAGAAUUCCACAAGCCGUUGGUUAAGGAGGGUGCCGACAGACCACGCACAGUUCCUUUCCGCUGGUGUUAACCCCAACUACGUUAAGGAGGUCGCACCGCGGCUGAUAAUCUCGCGGCACUAGCUAAUUAACUACUACAACACCUUACACCCUACCAAUACUACUACUACUAUACUACUACUAUACUACUACUACUACUACUGCUACUACUAGUACUACUACGAAUAUUACGUAUACUGCAGCAACACUAAAACAAAACUAAAGAAAAAAAAAAAACAAAAAAACAUUCAACAACCGUUUGAAGAAAAACAAAGAGACAACAAGAAAUGAAAGAAAAUGAGAGGAAAACGCGCCACUAGCCACAAAACAACGACAUAUGAACAUCCAUCCCCUUCCGUCUCGCAUUCAACCGAUGUGUAAAACUAUUGCGUGGACCGGACGACGAAAGACCCCUUACUUACAUUUUAAUCAGCUGAGGAUUAUCAUCGCGGUAUGGUGCUGCUGAAGAGAUGAAAACUGCUGCUGGACAACGACGUUGAAAUCUUAGAGAGCAGUUCAAAGAAUUAGCCGGAGGAGAUUGAUUAGAGGUAUCGUCGAGGCUAUAGAGAUAAACAGGUAAAUUCUGUAAUCUGUAUUCUGUAAAUCCGUAAUCUUUAUAAAUCGCGUUGCGGUUUACAGAUAAUUUAUCACAUGAUCGAAGUAGCGUUUUAUUUGUCGUCGUUCCUUUUUUUUAUAUACAUAGGUAAUAUAUAGAUAUAUUAUACGAUAUGAACGCAAUAUUUAUGUAUAUUCUAUACGCGUAUAUAUGAAACGAGGUAAUCCCGAAGGAUAUUUAUUAUUUGUUACAUACACGUCUUGUGGGUACUUACCAAGUAGUAUAUACCUUAGACUUAAAACAUGUGCACCGCUCGUUACACGAUAUAAUAAGGACCUCGAUAGUCCCAUUGAAAAUGAGAAUACGCAAAAAAAAAAAAAAGCGAGAAAAAUACAAUGAAACAAAAUAACCACAAAGAUAGAAACAAAGGAAAGAAUAUCGUAACGCUAAUAAUAUUCAGGUUACACUACUGCGGGGGCUGAUUAAUUAAAUGCCGCAUGUUUUAAAAGGGGGUUAAUGUCUGCAACAGCUGCUCAGUGUUAUGAAUAUAAUUAAUACAAUAUUAUUAUAUAUUUAUACAUCUAUGCAACUGAUAGUAAGCGAUGGGUCGGUACACCGAUCAGAAUUAAAAUUAACUCUCAAAUUAGCUGCACUUUGGUAAUGAAUAUCACCCACUGAGUUGACAUAUUGCCACCCGGUACAGUGUGUAUAGCGAGAAUGAGUAACCUCCGAACAACAAAGAAAACACAAAAAAAAAAAAAAAAAGAAACAAGUACAGCAGUGCACCGAAGAAGUAUGUUAUAACAAAUAUGAAUGAAAAGGAAAAGCAUCGAGUCAAGUCCCUAGAAUUUAUAAUAAUAUUAAAUACUAUACGCGGGAUUUAGAAUCGUGCGAAUCAUUUUCAUAAGUAGGAAAAAAUAAUUUCUUUUUUUUUUUUUUUUCUUUUUUAUACUUGAUUUGAAAUACUUUCUUUGUUUUCGAUUAUUUAAAAAAUAUAUAUAUUUAUGAACAAGGGGUCGUUGUGACUCGUUAUGAGCCUCGGUGAUCCGUUUAUAUUCGUUGAUUGCAUGUAAUCCAAAGAUUUUGUUAGAUAAGCGGAUGAUAUGCCGAAAGUUACAGUGGGUUCUUACUUUUUCCUCAGAAUGAGCACAAUUCUCCAUUGCGAAAUAAGACCGGAUUAUAUUUGAAUUAUAUGAAAAAAAAAAACAAAUAUGAAGAUAUUGAAUUAGGGAAAAGAGAGAGGGAAAGUGAAAAUGAAAUGAGAAAAUGCAUAAGUCUCGAGGCAAGAAUGAGCGCGAUAAACUAAACACCUGAAACAGCGCGUUUCUCUGAUAAAAAAAAAAUGGGGAAAAAAUAAAAACAAUGAUGAAAGCUAAAUGACUAUUCGUAAAUGAUGAAACCUAACGGAAGUGACGGACAGCGACGAAAACGUGCGCAGCAGUCAGUUUCUAUGAUUAUAGCUGUGAGAUUUUAAUAAAAAGGGUAAAGGCAAUGGUAAAGGGUUGGAUUGUAAUUACAUCUGACGUUGUUAGAAAAAAAAAAAGAAUAAUGAAUAGGAAUAUUAAAAAAAAAAAAUGCGAUAAAUGUAUAAUUAAUUGAAUAAAUAAUUAAAUAAAUGAAGAAUUAAUUACCGUAAAACGCGGAUUGCAAAUGCAGAUUUAUAUGAUGAUGAUGAUAAAGAAGGAGAAGAAGAAGGGAUAAAAAAAACCUUAUAUGAUAGGUAAAAAUUAAUAUCGGGUAUAUCCGCGUAUGUAAACGCGUUUCGCAGUUGAAAAUAAAAUUUAAUGAAUAAAUUAACCAAAAUUAAAUAUUCAUCCGAUAUAAUAGGAAUUCACGCGAUUAUAUACACGCUAUAUACACAAGGGGUAUGAAACUGCAUGCAGCACAGGCGCGCUGGUCGGUUUAGCGGUGAUUUACCAUAUACAUUUAUAUAUAUUAAAUGAAUUAUAUGUAUAUAUAUAUAUACGGGGUCACGAAGGUACCAUUGCAAUGCAUCAGCAGAAGAAGCAACAACGGCAGUAGCAGCUAUACGUUAUAAACCUACUUCUGCAAAGGGGAGAACAAAAUGUCGUAAUUUUACAUCCACCCACACAAUAUAUGCGGAUGUGUUGGAAGGAGCGUGCGACGGUGGUUAUCGAUUCUCUGCCGAUGCCUCUUGCUGCAUCCGUACAAACCAAACUGUUUUCUCCAGUCUAAUCCUCUUAAUUAGUUUUGAAUAACGAGCGACUAAUUUUGUCGCGACAGAAUCGAUAUCAAUUAUAUUUUUAUCAUAUUUUAUCCAUUAAUUAUCCGAAGAAUGAUGCAGUUCAGUCCUCCACUUUUAUACUUACAAUUAGAUACGAUGUAAAAAAAAGUACCCGUCGUUCGAUCGGUUUUCCAGUAUAUUCUUCAAGAUUUGCAUUUGAUAUUUUAACUUCAAUACCGAACGUACUUGUAAAUUCGUAAAUAAUAUGGAGUGACUUAAAAAUUUUUAUAUUCGAUCGGUAUGUUCGUGAACUUAUAUACUGAUCUUAGAAAAAUCCGUGUAGUAAAAAUGUAUACCUGUAUACCUGUAUACCUGUUUACCCCAACUAUCUAUACAUAUAUAUGUAUGUAUAAGCGAACAAAAGGGAAAGAAAAAGGCAAAGGAAAAACAAAAAAUAAGACGAAUAAAAUUAAAUCAACUUCUCGGUGUAUAUAAUCAAAUAACGCAAGCGUAGUUCAAAUUAUAAAUAACUAAUUAAUAACAGUUUUAUAUACAUACACGUGUAUAUAGUAUACACAUAAUAUAUAUUCUAUAAAUAUUACACUAUCGACAAAAAAAAGAAAGGAAAAAAUCGAAGAUUUCACCCCUUAUAUCUAUAUACUAUCUGAUAUCCCAUCACUAAUUCUAUUACCCCUCAUCGUACUAUACCUACCUAUAUAAAACACAUAGCAUAUGCGAAGAGAUGAAUAAUCUUCCAUAAAUAUUUAUUUUUUUGGUCUAUUUUAUGUAUAUAAAGAUUCACCUAUACCUCGUCGUCGUUGCAUCGGUAUAUAUAAACGACGAAAAUAUAAUUGACUGCAUUUCGCGUAAACAAUACACACAAAUAUCAUCAAUUUCACUAUAUGCCGCUCUUCACACUUACCGAGUUAUCCGUAAUACCCCGUAAGCGAUAACAUCCAAACGUGCAGCGUUCGUUUUAUUUAUUAUGCGAAACCAACUUAGGAGCUCGUUCCAUCUAAAAUAUAUAGAUUGAAAUGCUGAUCAUUUUUUUUUCACCGAAAAUGAAUAAACUAAAUGAAUAAAAACUGAAAUACAACAUCACUGAUCGUACUAUCAUAGAUUGGGUGGGUACCUGAAAACGACGAGAAUUAAUUAUUAUAGAAAAAUGAAUGAUAGAAAAAUGAAAAAGCAAAACCAUUAAAUAAAUAGAUAAACUUACUGACCUAUGUGUAAACCCUAGUCGGAGUUGGAUGCGAAUAACGAAUACAUUUAUGUGUAUAUAUGAGGAAUCGGCAGAGAAUUUUUCCGAUGUAUGUGGCAUUGAUAUCCACGUAUACGUCAAUGACGAGGAGUCGAUUGAUCGAUUGAUUUGAUGGAAUGGAAAAAAAAAAAAUUUCAACGCGAUUUAUAUAUCUAGAUAUUAUAAUGUAACGCGCGUGAUGAUUAUGAGUAGUAGUUAUAGGUGUAUAGGUAACGAAUUCAUUUGUGAAUGGAUGAUUAUAGAUAAUGUGCGGUGAUGUGGUUUUCGUCCGCUGACUAAUUAUCAUAACAUAAUUAUACAUACGAAACCCAUAUGAUAUAAAUUUAAAAUAUAAUAAAAAAGUAACAAAAACUAUAUUCUAAAUAAAUUAAAUUUGGCAAAGAACACAAAGUCGACGACGGAGAAUAGAAAAAAGGAAAAAUGUCGCAAAACGAUAAGGAAACUUUUAACGGAACGUUUAGUUAGUCCAAUUUCAACGCUGCAUCAGGCUUGACCUCGUGUACGUGUAUAUAUAAAUAUAUAUAGAUAGUACGUUUGUGUUAUUGAACGUCGCUAUAUAUUAUAUAAUAACGAUAUAGUAAUACUGGUCGCUAUAUGUAUGUGUAUAUAUACAUAUAGAAAAAGGUUUUCAAAAGCUUCGAUGGACAAGCGCGUGCGGCGUAUUAAUAUACAUAUAUAUAUAUAUAUACAUUGAUAUAUAAAACAAAUUAAAAAAAUAUUAUGCAUACACGAAUUAUACAAUAAAUGAAUAUUUAUAUGUAUACACAGCUGUAUGUGUAAUAUAGGAAAAUUCAUAUUAGGCAUAAAUUCUCAAAUACACACAGACGAAUGAAUUAAACAAACGAAUAAAUAAAUGAAAUGAAAUGAAGUAAAAAUAAAAUAAUUGUAGCAAACUUAACUAGGUACCAAUUUCACCUAAAUCUAUUAACUAUAUAAAAUCUAAUAUAUAUCUAUGUAUAUAUCUGCAAUUUGAAUAUAUACAUAUAUGUAUAUAUGCAUAUUAUAUAUAUAGAAGGUAUAUAUAGUAGUAUUAUUCUAUUGUAAUAAUAAUAACACAAUAAUAACUUCAACAAAGCAAAAUAUAUACCAACAUUUUCUAGACAAAUUUUUGUAAUUUAAAGACAAAAAAAUACACACACGCGUACACAUAGAUACACAACACAUAUAAAAUACAAACACUAAAAACGACAAGCGAGAAACGCAUACGCAACAUACAAAUAUAAAUUAAUCUAAAUUAACAAAUGAAAAAACUGAAAAAAGAACUUAAAAAAAAUUAUAACUAAAGAUGGGUGUAUGUGUAGCUUAUAUAUUCCCGCGGUGUCACUCAAUUUUUACAUCUUUAUAUAGAGCGUUGUAUUAACGGUGUUCCCAUCAUAUAAAACUUAAAACUUGAAAUGGUAAUAAAGAUAAAAAAUUAAAAAAAAGAAAAAAAAAAAGAACAAAAAGCGAAAAAAAAUGUCAUUUUUUUCUAAUUCAAUGAAACAAUUAAACUAGCUACAGUUUAUAUUUAGCAACACCCUAUUAUCAUAGCACCUAUUAUUAUAACUCUGAUCGAUCGUGAUCGGAACUUAGGCAAUGUGUGUGUGUAUCCGUUUAUAAUCCCAUUCCCGACUUUCCACGUAUAUUACGUCGAUCAUACCCCAUUCGGUUCCGUCGCCCCUGUAUUUUUCGUAAACGGCGUUUUCUUCGAAUUUUCAUUUUUAAUUUACUUUUUUUUUUAACUGUUACUUGAGUUUCGAUAGGAUGUUCGAAUCGCGUAGUUGUUAUAUCAUAUCGAUUGACAGAUUAAUUAACUGUAAUAUUCAUUGUUCGCAUAACGUUACCAGAAUUUCAUCAUCACUUCAAUUUUCCCACGAAUAUAUUUAAUAACAAUUGUGUCGAUACAUCGAACGAUGUUAAAAAUAGUAAAAUAACCCGAUUUUAUUUUGUAUACUUCAUAUAACGAUAUAUACAUAAGUAUAUGUAUUUCUUAUAGUCCCUUUCAUUACCCGUUUCCUGCAACCGAAAUAUUUCAUCCCACUAGACGAGUCAUUUCAAUGAUGGUCCAUUUAUAUAAAAAUAUAUUCAUACAUACAUGUAAACGUUUCACGUGUAUAUGCGCGUAUAAAUAUAUACAUAUUUAUAUAAUGCCACGUGUGAAAAAAAAUAAUAAAUAAUAAUAAUGAUAUUAAUAAUAAUAAAUAAUAUGUUAGGUGUGAUUUCACCUCCUUUGUAAUAUGUGUGAUAAAGCAUAAUAUAAUUACAUAAAUACUAAUAUAUAUAAAUAUAUAUAUUAUAUAAUAACAUUAAAUGAUUAUAUCUAAUAUAUAUAAACCAACCUUAAACUUAAUUGAAUUAGGUACUAAUUGCACGAAAAAAAAAAUUAAAUAAAUAAAUAAAUGAAAAAAAUAAUAAUGGUAAUAUCGAUAAUUUUAAUAAUAAUAAAAAUAUUAAUAACAAUAUUGAUUAUUUAAUAUCGAAUGACGAAGAAAAGAAAAAAAGCAACAAAAAAAACACAUUAAUAUCGUAGUCAUUUACAAUAGAUUUGUAUUUUUGAGUGUUGAAAGUUUUUUAUACCGCUGUUAUAUUCUUGUCUAAAUAUCUUAGUUGAGAAAGGGAACGUCGCAUCGAUAAUACAAAAAGCAAGGAAAAAAAAAAAAAAAAAAAAAUCAAAAAGAAAAAAAAAACAGAAAAAAAAACGUUGAACAAAAAUUUUUGUAUCGUGUGUAAAAUGCCAAGGGAGAGAGAAUGAACGAAAAGUAAGAUGCAAAAAAAGAAAAGAAAAAUAAUCGAGGAAACAAUGAUAAAUAAUUCCAGAACUAAAUUCAAACGAACAAUUUUUAUCGCGCGAAAAUGAUCAGGUCAAUGAAUAUUGUAUAGAUGAAACGUAUUCGUGACGAUGACGAUGAUAAUAAUACGAUGAAAAUGAUAAACGACAGAAUGGAAAGAGACUCUGAAAAUGGCUUUUGAGAAUCUGCUUUUCCCAAUUCAGACAGUAAUUGAUGAAAAAUGAAUGAAUUAUGCUCUGUAGUUUAAUUGAGGAGAUAGGAAAAGAGGUAAAGAAUAAAAAAAGAGAGAGAAAUGAAGUGAUAGUGCAUGAAUGACUAAGAGAUGUAGAAAUAAUUAGAAAAUUGGUAGAAGUAUAGCUUGGUUAAGGUAUGAACAUAACAAUAUCCGUAUCGUAGGUGCCCAGUAUGCCUGCUCACCUCAUUCAUCACCUAGCCCUAGCCUAUGAAUAACUGAAUAAUAACUGAAAAAGGAAAGAAAAAAGCAUACCUUGCAUACCUACCUAUACCUACCUAUCUACCUACCUACCUACCUACCUACCUACCUACCUAAUGCACCUCUGUACUACUAUACUAUUUCAAGGACAUGAAUUAAAAAUGAUUUUUAUUUUUUUAUAUUGAAUAUUUUUACCUAUAUUAUAUAUUUAAAUUAUAUAACGUCUAUCUCUACCCAUAUAUACCUAAAUAUAUAUAUAUAAUUAUAUAUUAUGUAUAUAUUUCUCUUGUUAAUUGUGCGCUAAAUAAACUCGUGAUUAUAAUAUAUUAUACAUUUGAGAAGUGAAAUGAAAAAAAAAACAACAAUUUAUAUGUUAGUCGAUAAAUGAAUUAAUAAAUAAAUGCGAAGAUUUUCACACGCACAGAAUCAUUUCACAUCGUUAAUCAGAUUGAUUAUACAUACGGGUCAAAGUUUCGACCAACGAUCCUUGUAGGUAUAAAAUGAUACAACGUUGUGGGUGAUGAUAUGCAAAACGGUUUUCUUUGUUCAUUAAUUUAUUACAUUACAUACUGUAUCAUUACGAUUACGAUUAUUUUCGUAUUAUUGUAUUACUGUAUUAUUAUCAUUAUUAUUAUUGUUAUUAUUAUCAUUAUUGUUGUUGUGAUUAGUAACGAUCAUUAUUACUACUAAUAUUAUUACAUAGAGAUCUCCAUAUACCAAAGAACGCGUGUAUAUUAUAUUUCAUAUUAUUCACGCGUGCGGAAAAUUGAUGGUAUGGUAUAUAGGUAUGGAGAGAAGAAAUUUGGAACAAAAGUAAAAGAAAAAAAAAUGAAAUAUUCAAAAUAAUCAGUGUGAUAAAAGGCUAGAAAAUGGUAAAGAGGUAAAAAGGCAAAUUAGAAGAAAAAGCAAAAAAAAAAUCCCCUGUAUAAAGAAAUCCUUCAUUUUUUCUAUUUUCAUAUAUUUUUAUUUUUUAUAUCUUUCACUUUAUUUUCUUUUGGUUUUUGUCGUAAGGAAGUAAUAAAUCGAAUCGGGGUUUUGGCAAUUAUUACCUGAAUAUAACAGUCACGAGAGGACGAACGCAUGUGGAUGUGUAAUUUUUUCUCUCUCUUUCUUUCUCUCUAUCUUCUUCCCACUUUCGUGAAUCUGCCUCUUACGAAAUCUCUCUUUCUAUCUCUGAUCCUAUAUAAUUGUCGAUAUCGAAGCCUACCAACCCAUUAUUGGAUAUAUUUGAAAAAUGUUUUUCCUACGUAGAUUAUCACGUGUACUCUGUGCAUGUACAUAAAACCAUAUGUAAAACAUAGAAUUCAGCAUUCGCAUACAGCAAAUUAAUGCCGAACAUUAUUUAGAAGAAUGUAUCAGUAUAGAAUUACAUACAUAGGAACAAGUGCUGUUUUAGACUAAUUUAAUUACAGAAAAAAAAAAAAAGAAAAACUCAACAAAAAAAAAGAAAUAAAAUCUAAUGAAAUUUUAUCAAAGACAGAUAUAGAAUAAAUAGGAAAAACACUAGAAAAUACUAAAUAAUGUAAUUAAACGAGAAUCUUAUUUAAAUUGUGAAUGGUAAUAAUAAUAAUAAUAACAAUAAACAAUAAUAACAAUAAUUCUGAUAAGAGUAAUAAUAAGAAUAAUAACGAUAAUGGCAUAAUAAUGAUGAAAUUUAUGUGGAACGAAAAAAAAAUAUAUAUAUAAUAUAUAUCUAUAUUAUAUGUAUAUGUGUAAAACCUAAGGCGUAUGAUAUACCUGUAGGAAAAAAAGAAAAGGAAAUCAUCUAGUUAAGAUUAAAUAAAGGUUAAAAAAGAAGAGAGAAAAAAAAAUUAAUUAAAUAAAUAAUAAUUAAAAAUAAAUAAAAGAAAAAGCAGCUGGGAGUAGUGCAAUGAUAACCACAAUUUAUGAAUUCACGAAAAAAAAAAAAAAAUGGAAAGCUUACGAGCCUAUACAUAUAUGCAUACCUAAGGUAUAUAAAGAUUAAGGGUUAAGGGUUAAGAAAUGACGAAUUUAUGGAAAUAAGGAUUAUUGCAGUAAAGAAACUUGAAUAUUAUUCGAUACCGCGUUGAGAAAAAGAAAGGAAAAAGAAAAGUAUGCAUAGCUCGCUGGUCAGAGAAGAUAAACGAUGAGAAAUAACCGUAUUUGAGACAGUCGACCGUAAACAAGAAAAAACAAAAACGUAACCGGAAUGCAUGAAAAAUAAACAUCUAUAAAACGAGUAAUUAAAUUGAUUAACCGUCAGAAUUAUCGAGGAAAAGAAUGGGAAGAGCGAGAAAGAGAGAAUGAUAGAAAGAUAGGAAUAGAGACAACUAGUCAAGCCCAAACAAACACACUCGUAUAGGAAUUAAAGAAAAAAAGUAUAAAAAAAAGUAAAAAAAAAAAAACACCUUUAAUUGUAUUAAUUAUUACGCUACUACGUUACUCACCUAAAAAUAUUUGUUUUCUUUAAUUUUAUUUGAUUUUUUCCCCCGCUUACAUUAGCCCGUUUUUUUGUUCGCUUUUUUUUACUUCAAUUUUCAAAUCACACGUUCCUACCCGCUGUUUGUUAUACUUGUAUAGAGAAGGAGA